AAAGAUGAAGAGAAGGAAGGACACUUCUCUUCUGCUAGCAAAGGAGAGCUCAGAAUUGCACUCUUAGGUGACGGGAAGACUGAGAUGUCAACUGUAAGAAACAUCAUCCUGGACAGAGUGGAGCCAGAAUCUAAUCGCAAUGAGUGCAAGAAGUUCCAGGGAAAGGUUUCUGAGCGAUGGGUCACUAUAGUUGAGACACCAGGGCAGUGGAUGGAAAAGCUGGCAUCCAGCUGGUUUCUGUCUAGAGGUAUUCAGAAGAUUCAACCUCAAAUUGAGGACUGUGGUUCUCUUCUUUUCCCAGGGCCUCAUGUCUUUCUAUUAGUGGUUCCUUCCGAAAUCACAGAGGAGAAGAAAAUACUAAAAGCUGUUAAGAAGGUUUUAGGCCAAAAUAUUAUGAGUUACACCAUGGUCCUGCAAAAACGUGAAAAAGAUUCUUACAGACUGCCAUUCUAUAAUACAAAACUGCAGACCUUAUUAAAGAAAUGUGGAAAUAGGUCUCAUGUUUUCAACCGUGACAGGACAGAUCGCACUCAAGUCACUGAGCUCCUGGGCAAAAUAGAUGAAAUAGUGGCUAAAAAUGGUGGUUAUUACUACUGUAAUGAAAUUUAUAGGGCUGAUACUAGAUCACUGAUUACAAAAAGGGAAAAUGAGCUGAUUGCAAGGAAUCUGGAAGAAAAGAGAAAUAUGACUGAGAAUCUGAGAGUGAGGCAUGAGGAGGAAAAGAGGGUCAGAGAGAGGAAGAUCAGAGAGAAAUAUGAUGAGUUUCUGAGAAAAAGAGAGAUGGAGCUGAGAGAAAGUAUUGAGGCAGAAUGGUGGUUCAGAGCGAAGUUUGAAAAAAAACAGAGAGAGAGAGAGAAGAAGAGGUUUGAUGAAGAUCAGAGGGAGAGGGCAAGAGAGAUGAGACAGAGGUAUGAGGAGGAGCAGAGGAACAGGGAGAAGAUUUUGACAGAGAAAUAUGAGAAGCAACGGAAGGAGAGUGAGAGAGCCCUGAAAAUAAUGUUUGAUGAAGAGCAGAAAAAGAGAGAGACAGCCCUGAGAGAGAAGCAUGAGGAGAGUCUGAGGAAGAAAAUUGAGGAGUUAAAACAGACAUAUAAGGAAGAGAACAAGAAAACUGAAGAGCUGAGAAAAAGGCAUAAGAAAGAGGUGAAAAUAAAAAGAAGGGAGCUUGAACAGAAGUAUGAGGAGAAGCAGAGGGACACAGUGAGAGCAAUAAGAGAGGAAUAUGAGGAGGAGCAGAGGAUGAGAGAGAAGAAACUGAAGGAGGAAUAUGAAGAGGAACAGAGAAAUAGAGAAAGGGUGAUGAGGCAGAAGUAUGAAGAGGAACAGAAGGACCGAGAGAUUAAGCUGAGGGAGAACUUUGAAGAAGAACAGAAGGAAAAAGUGAUGCAGCUGAGGCACAAGUCUGAGGAGAAACUGAAGGAGUUUGAGAGGAGCAUGAAAGAGAGGUAUGAGGAGGACCAGAAGGAGAGAGAGAGGCUCCUGAGAGACGGCUUUGAGGAGGACAUGAGACAUAAAUUAGAAGAACUGAAAGAGAAACACAGAGAAGAAGAGAUGAUGAAAAUGGAGGAGUUGAAGAAGAGAUUUGAGGAGGAACAGAGGGUACAAAUAGAGGAGCUGAAACUGAAGUAUGAGGACAGAGAGAGGACAAUAAGAGAGGUAUAUGAUGAGUUACAGAGGAAAAGAGAAAAGAAGCUGAAAAAGAGAGCUGAUAAGGAAAGGAGAGAAUCAGUGAGGGUGCUGAGUCAGAAGUAUGAGGAAGAAAACAGAAACAAAGAGAGAGAGAUGAAAGACAGGAAAGAAGAGGAACUGAGUGAGAGAGAGAAGGAGCUAAAGAAGAUGUAUGAUGCAGACUUUAAAGAUAAAGAAAGGAAGCUCAGAGAAAGAUGUGACACCAAAGUGAAGGAAACUCUGAAGAAUCUGAGGGAGGCUUAUGAAAAGGAACAGAGGGAUAGGGAAAGGGAGCUGAGGGAGAUUCAUGAGAAGGAAAUGAUCAGGAGAGAGAGGGAGUUGAGAGAGAAAUAUGAAGAGGAAGAAAGCAAGAGGAUGAUAUGGAGGAAUGAAGAGGAACAGAGAAGAUCAGUAAAUGUGAUGAAACCUGAGACUGUGGUCCAACCAAUAAAGACAGAGAUUAAAGCUAUGGAGAAGUCUGUGGAAGAGCAGUGGAAAUUGCCAAGAAAACUACGAAUUGCCGAAGAAGCAUUGCAGUCCGAUGAGAUACAGGGGAGUGAAGAAGAGUUAAAGGGCAAUCCAGAGGUGCUCAGUGUGCCGGUCAGGAGGAGAAACGGCAUGAUCGAGGACCCGCCUAACAUGUCUGAAGGAGAAAUUGCCGAGAAGCAAAGAAAAGACAGAAGAGCAGAGACUCUCAAUCAAGGAGGAGACACAGAUGAUAAGCCUGAAGGUGCCAAACCAGAUAACUGGUGAUAAGAUUCCUCCAGUGCAGAGCCAAUAAAUUACUGUGAGGAGACACAACGGAUACAUACAUCUGGGACAUGAACAUUUUUUUGGAGAAGAGUAAACAUUUUUCAAUGUUUUUCAAUGAUUUUUUAAAAUUUUUUAAUUAAGUUAAUGAAUGUCUUAACAGUUAUCCAGUCCAUUUCUCAGUUCCCGUUUUUUUCUAUUCAAUGCUGAGGUGCCGGUUUGGUGAUGCUUCAUCAUUAUUCUUUGUACCCCGUCCUGUUCUCACUGCUGCUCCCAGUUCUCUGGUUUGCUGGGCAGAUGCCUCAGCAGCUUUUGGGUGGGGGUCAUCUCACCUCGGAAAGCUAAGCCCAUUUGCACUCCUUUCCUUGAUUUUUGACAGCAGGACAAAAUCUCCGAAGUUGAAUACCUGUUCUCCCUCAUGGCUCCGCAACAGGAUUCCACUCCAGGGCUGAGAUACCCAAGUGUCCCCCUUUUUUCUGGGAGCUCAGCACAGAAUUCCACUCCGGAGCUCAGGCUGCCCGAUUGCCCAAUGGGCUGAUUCACCAGGGUUAGAUCUCUGGAAUGCCCUGGAAUGAAGCUGUCUGUCCUGUCUCCUGUUCAGGACUUCAUGUCACUCAGCACUGCAGCACUCUGUUCCAGUUUGCCCGUGCUCCCUUGUUUUUUCCUAGGGAUCCAAGCAUCCUGUUUCCACUCUGAUUUCUGGAGAGCAUCACUCAAUUGGCCUGAGCUCCCUGAGGAUUCCGAGUUCUCUGGAUCUCAAUGGGACUGCUUCCUGCAGCCGUGCUGACCCAGAGAUCUGAGAAUUAUGAGGGACUGAAGAAUGGUCCUUCUCUCCUGUCUGUCGCAGUUGUUUCUCCUAGUUGGUCCAGAGUGCACCCGAAGUGCCCAAGUCCCAAUCAGUGAACAGCUCUUCAGGUGUCCCGCCACUCUCUGGUCUCUUGCACUUGGGUUCUUACUCAUCACCACCUGAGUUGCUGGACCUGGCCACUUCGUCUCACAGCACUAUCCUCUCUGAUGUUCUCCUCUAGUGGCUUGGCUGUUGGCUUAUAUUGCCUGGAACAGUUACCUCUUGCCUUUAAAAUUUUGUUUCGCUUCUGUAUUGUUCUAUGUUUCUAUAGAUUCUGUCCCCAGUCCGAGGCAAUUAUUUGUUGGUACCUGGCAUUGAAUUGUCAUGGACCCAUACUUAUGGUAGCCCCAGAGUGCAAAACACACUAGAAAAAGGAGCAUGCACUGGAAAAAGUAAACGCAUCCUGUAUUAUAAUCAUUUUGUUUUGUAAGACUGCUGUCUGACCGCUCUGCUGCUGUGUCCCUGAGCACUAUCACCCUCCGCGUCUGCAUCAGAAACAGAGCCCUAUUUCCCAGGAGUUCCUCGAGUUAAGAAACCCAUAUUAGUUAGAUAUUAGAUAAUUGAAGCCUUAAUUGGCCUAAGAAGUUGGUUCAUCGUAAUAUUUGCAUUUUGACUUUGGUCCUUAUUUAGAACUUAUUUAAAACAACUCGUUUUAUCAAAACUAGUGCCGGAUGGAAAACUGUGCGCAAACUCCGAUAGAAGAAGUUGUGACACCCUUUUCGGUGUGUGGUAUCUUAUUUAGAAGUUUGCUUCCCAUAACCUAGACACUUAAAACAAAAGACAUGGGAAUUAUCACCCAGGGUACGAGGAAUCCAAAAGAAGAAUGAGCAGGAUUCGGCCAAGGAAACGAGGUGGGUUGUACUACUUUUUACUAUUAAUCUUGUAUUCGUACGUACUGUAGUGCAUAUUAAACCUACUUUAAGGUAUUUUAAACUUAAAACCCUACAUUUUAAGGGAAAAUGUAUAAUAUGGAGUCAGUUUCACUUUCAUUUGAAGUAUCAAUGAAUGAAAAAAUUGGAUUAUAAAAAUGUAAGUUUAAAGCACUUAAACGUGUACUCGGACUGGUAGCCUAACCUCGAAUAUUUACUUGAACUCUACAGUUUAGCAUUUGUGCGUUUUUGGCUCCCAAACGCGUUGUUGGUGAAAAACGAUAAAAUGCUGAU